AUGAAUUCAUUAGCUCGUCAAUAUAUUUUUAAUAAAAUCGAACGAGAUUUUCAAUAUAAUAUAAUUGAAGUUAUUGAUACACCAAAAUUUGAUGAUUGUGAAAACAAUCCAUGGUCAAAAUUAUGUAAUCAAUUAUCAAAUGGAAUGAUGUCUAUCAUAGGUCAUAUAAAUUCCAAUGAUCUCGAUUGGUUAUCUGCAUUUUGUUCAACAUAUCAAAUUCCAUUUCUUAAUUUAAAUAAUAAUAAUAAUCAUUUAAGAAAUAAUUUUUCUAUAUCAUUAAUGCCUGAUAUUUUACCAGCAUUAAUUUCACUUAUACGUCGUUAUCAAAUAACUCAACUUGUAUAUAUAUAUGAUGAUAUUGCUGGUGCUCAUCGUCUUAAACAACUCAUACAAAUUCAAACAUCAAAUAUAAUACAAAAUUUAAAUAUAAUUAGUCGUUAUUUAGAUAAUCCAGAUGAUUCAUAUGAAUUAUUACAAAGUAUUGAAAUUAUAUCACAUACAGAAGUGCAUACAUUAUCAUCAAUAUAUUUAAAUUCAAAUAUUCAACAUCGUUAUAUUGUUUUAGAUUUUCAGGCAUUUGAUACAUAUCGUAUAAUGUUAGAUAAAAUAAAACAUCGUAGUAUGACAACAUCAAAUUAUCAUUAUAUAUUACUUACAUUAGAUGCUAAACAACUUGAUAUGACUUAUUUUCGUUAUGGUGGUGUUAAUGUAACAUUUUUUACUUUACCAUCAUAUUAUAAUCAACAAACAAAUGAAAAUUAUAUUGAUUUAUUAAAAAAAGAAAAUCUUUUUUUCGUUGAAUCAUUAUUACUUGCUGAUGCAUGGGAAACAUUAUUACGUACAAUAAAUCAUAUGUUAAAUUCAACAGAUGAUGUCUAUGAACAAUUAAAAGUAUUUCAACAAGAAAAAUUUUCUAAUAAAUUAAUACAACAUGUUGAUUGUCAAGAUAAUUAUAAUCAAGCAUUGUCAUUAGGAAAGAUUUAUUUCGAACAUUUAAUUAAUACAAAUUUUCAAGGUUUAACAGGAAAUGUACAAUUUUCAAAUGUAACUGGUCAAAGAAUAAAUUAUACAUUUGAUGUUUAUCGAGUAGCAGGCAGUAAUAUGCCAAAACAUAUCGGAUUUUUUCGAGCACCAGAUAUUCUUGAGGUUGCUGAUAAUGUUUCAUAUCCAUCUCGUAUGUCAUUUCAUAAUCAUACACGUUUAAUUGUAACGAUAUUCGAUGAACCAUUUGUAAUGUUAAAAAAAACUCCUAAUGAUACAUUAACUGAAAGAAAUAUUCCACAUGGUACUAUACUUGAUCCAUCACGUCUUGAAGGUUUUUGUGUUGAAUUAGCUUAUGCUCUAUGUCAUGAUCGAUUAAAAUUUCCAUAUAAAUUUCUUAUUGAAACAAAAUAUGGAGAAGAAAUUGAAAAAGGUAUUUGGGAUGGUAUGGUUGGUGCAUUAAUUAAUCGUGAUGCUGAUUUAGCUAUAGCAUCAUUAACAAUAAAUGGUGCACGAGAAAAAGUUGUAGAUUUUUCAAAACCAUUUAUUGAUUUAGGUAUAUCAAUAAUGAUAAGUAAACCUGAAAAAGAAAAACCAGGUGUUUUUUCAUUUAUGGAUCCAUUAGCAAAAGAAAUUUGGAUAUGUGUUAUUGUUUCAUAUUUAUUUGUUAGUGGAAUAUUAUUUUUUAUAAGUCGAUUUUCACCUUAUGAAUGGUAUUAUGAAAAUGAAUCGGAUCUUAUACCACGAAAUAAAUUUUCUUUACAUAAUGCUUUAUUUUUUUCAUUUGCCGCAUUUAUGCAUCAAGGUGUUGAUCUUUUACCACGAUCAAUAUCAGGUCGAGUUGUAACAAGUGCAUGGUGGUUUUUUAGUUUAAUUCUUGUAUCAUCAUAUACAGCUAAUUUAGCAGCUUUUUUAACUAUUGAAAAAUUAGUUCCACCUGUUGAAACUGUUGAAGAACUUGCUAAACAAACAGAUAUUCGUUAUGGAACAUUAAAAGGUGGUUCAACAAUGGCUUUUUUUAAUAAAUCAACAUUAACAACAUUUAAACGUAUGUGGGAUUUUAUGCAACAACAUCAAGAUGAUGUAUUUGUAUCAUCAAAUAGUGAAGGUAUUGAAAAAGUUCGACAAUCAAAAGGUAAAUUUGCUUUUUUACUUGAAUCAACAUUAAAUGAAUAUGUUAAUGAACGUAAUCCAUGUGAUACAAUGCGUAUUGGUGAAAAUAUUGAUGCUAAAGGUUAUGGAAUAGCUACACCACUUGGUUCAGAUUUACGUGAAGCUAUUAAUAUAGCUGUUUUAGAAUUAACUGAAAGUGGAUUACUUGAACGUUUAAAACAAAAAUGGUAUUAUGAAAGAAGUGAAUGUACAAGUUUAGGAUCAAAAGAUUCAAAACAAAGUACACCACUUAAUUUAGCUAAUGUUGCUGGUAUGUUUUAUGUAUUAAUUAUUGGUCUUGGAAGUUCAAUGGUUAUUGCAUUUAUUGAAUUUUUAUUUAAAGCUAAACAUGAUUCAAAACGUUUCAAUCAAAAUAUCCGUGACGUUAUGCGAAGAAAUUUAAGAAUAUCAAUAACUGGUAUUGAUUUUGAUGAAAAAUUACAUAAAGAUGAAUGUUGGCCAUUAAAACAACAAGAAUUAAUUUCUUCAUCAUCACCUUCUCGAAAUAUUCAUCAUAAUGAACGAACACCGACUACAACACAUAAACUUCAUUUAAAGAAAACUAAUAAUGACAAAGAUGUUAUUUUUUGA